GCUUCAGUAAAAUGCCAGCCACUGCCCGCCGGGUCUACUCGGCCCAGGAGCUUCAUCGCCUUCGAGAUUCAUCGUCCCAGCCACGACUCCACGAGGCAAUCGAACAGCACGAUGGCGAGGACGCUGAAAUUGUAAAAGAGCAUGUUCUUCGCGGCUCUAAAUCGUUCGCGGCACGUUCUUUCCGAUCUCGGAACUCUACCCACAACAGUUUGAGUGUUCCGUCCGGCAAAUAUAACGACGAGAACGUUCUUGCCUCGUCAGUCGAAUCACCAUAUCUUGUGUCUCAGGCUGCGCCACCAUCAGUUGCCCCGCUCGGCGAGAUUGCUCCCAACGGGCAGCUCUCACGUCCAAUUUCUCACUGGCUACGCCCCUCUCCAACUCCUUCGCUCAAGAAGAAAAAGGCAGAGGCUCUGGUCAAACACCAUGGCUCGCCACAACAUGUCCGUGUCACCGCCGGCGGCCGAAUCGUCCCGAGCGAGCAGUCGCCUCUCACAUAUCCGCGCUACGGCUACAGUGCCGUGAAGGCGAAUGGAGGAGUUAUUAAAUUUGCUCCAAAUCUUCAUGGUGGUCAUGAAUACCGCGAUUAUGCCACCCAGGAAAACUUCAUAGCUCAAGACGAGCACGGCAACUUUUGCCAGAUCAUCGAUGGCAUCGUCAAGCCAAUCCGCAUUGUGGACGGCAAUUAUCAACUUGAGCGGACCGCACCGAACGUAGUCGACCAAAUGGCACAUCGUGGAAUCUCCUGGUCGGCCGACAAGAUUUAUUCCCAUUCCGACGAUGCUCGCAACCCUCGAAAGCCUGGUAUGCUCGUGGCCGCUGAACCUCCCAUCGCUUCGCAGAUAUCGGCUCUCGAACUUGAGUACUCCAAGCUAGAUGGCGAGUCGAAAGAUCUUGACAAGACAGAGGCAUUGUGCGGAAAGUCAAUGUCUAAGCCUGCCUUAGAGGCUCUCGUUGUCAAGCGUCGCGAGCUUGUCGUUGCGAAAGACAAGAUUCGCGUUUCAAUCAAGCAUUUGCGGACACAGCCGCCACUCCAUGCUCCAACCUCACCCCGAGCAAUGAUGCACUCUCAUUCAGCCUCGUCUCCACAUAAUCGAGCUUUGCCUUCAGCGUUCCCGAUUCAGCAUGACCGCCGUCCCGUUUCAAAUUCCCAAGCCGGGCCACUCCAUCCUGGUCAAUUGCACCAAUUCGCUGGUCCCUUCGACCCGCAGUCAGCGAUUCAUCCAGACCCUAUGUACGGAAGUCACCCGUGGCGUGGCGCACCCCUUGGCAAAUUCAUGCUCCCUGCGACUUUUGAUGGUGCUAUGGCUCCGACUUAUAUUCCGUACGUUCAGCCGAUGGUGCGAGUUGCAGCUCAAGAUCAUGUGCCGGCCGCAGCGCAGCAAAGUGCACAAUGCCAGGAUCAAAAUCAUGAACAGGCGUGUAUGCACCAUGGUAUCCAGCAUUCGGCCAUGAAAGGCUCUCGUGCUGUUCCGAUCAAACUGCCGAGCACUCAUCAGACUGGUUAUUGCAAGUCAAGCCUGGAUCCAAUGAGCCCAGUGUACAAGCCCUCCCAAUUCCAACGAGCGCAUACAGCGGACAGCCAGGGUUCAAUGCCUCACGAUAAGACAUCGGCAGAGGUGGACCCAACUUUGCCUCAGCUGCACACAAUACCUUCAGCAUCUCAAGCUUUGAGACUGCAGACUUCUUCCCUCGCGACACACGCGAGUACUCAACUCGACAACUUGCAUAUCCAAUGCGACUAGAGCAUUCAGAC